UCUCCGUCUGUUUUAAAAACUUGUAUCUGCUUGGCAGAGUAGAGCACACUGUCUAGUUUAGUAAGUAACCUCUCCCUGUGUUUAGCUUUCAGACUCUGACUGCGGCUAGGCUAGCCUUGGCGUCCCCAGACUUCUAUGAGCGUAGCGUAGCAGAGCAGGCUCCUCUCACUCUCUGUCUCUCCGUCUGUUUUAAAACUUGCAUCUGCUUGGCAGAGUAGAGCACACUGUCCUACAUCUGUCUUGGGAGAGGGAAGAAAUUACUUGGCCUUGCACCGUACAGACAGCCUGCCUGCGAACCUCCGACUAGCCUGACUUUCUCCUGAGCCUCUAUGGAGCGCUGGGUUCUCUUCUCUCUAUUGCUCCUGGUCUCCCUGUAUUUGGAGGUGUCUGGAGCUGAAGCUGGGGCCCAGGACCAGAGAGUGCUGACUGGCCAGGGGAGGAGGAGGAGGAGAGGGCCAUGGGAACCAGGGGGCCCGGAGUUCAACCAGCCCCAGCGAGGAGAGCUAGAAUGGGGGAAGAGGAGGAAGGCAGGAGGGCCUGGGCAGGGGAGAGCCAGGGGGAACAGGGACAACCAGCGAUCUCAAACCCCUCUGGGUCUGACGAGGCUGGGGAGCCUUCCAGCCAACGCCGGAGGAGACGAUGGAGCGUCUAUUUUCAUUGAGUCAUACAAGAGUGUUGACGAGAGACAGACUAACUACAAUGUCAUCCCGGGUAAAAAGGGCCAGUGUGUGUACCAGGGCAUCACCAUGUUUGAGCAGGCCGUCUGGUCCCCCAAACCGUGUGUUACCUGUCUGUGUAGCGGAGGGGAGGUGCUGUGUGACGAGGUCACAUGUCCUCCUCAUCGAUGUCACUUCCCCUACACCCCCUCUGGCGAGUGCUGUCCUGUCUGUAUGGACACAGCUUCCCGUGGUGAUGUCCUUGACUUCUCUGGCGAUUCCCCAGUAGCCAAUGACCCAGACUCUGUGACCCCUGACCUUGACCCAAUCCUUGACCCCGUGGUGACCCGCACCAAGGCCGAGAUUGAGCUCCUGAAUAGAGAGGAGGAGCAGCGCCUCCUCGAGAAGGAAAAGAGGAGGAAGAAACAGAAGGAGGAGGCGGAUAGACAGCGGCGGCGGCAGGAGGAGAAGAGGCGGCGGCAGGAGGAGAAGAGGAGGCAGGAGGAGGAGAGGCUGCAAAUGGAGAAGGAAGAGAGAAGGCAGGAAGAGGCAAGGAGACUAAAGGAGGAGGUGGCCAUGAAGGAGCGGGAGAGGAAGCUGGAGGAGGAGAGGAGAAGACAUGAGGAGGAGCUAAAGGAGAAACUGAGGGAACUAGCAGAGCUGGAAGAGGAAGAAGAAGAAGAGGAGGACGAAGAGGAGGAGAUGGAGUGGCUGCUGAGAGGAGAUGUUUUCCAAAUGUUUCCAGAUGAGCCGACCGAAGAGGACCUCCUUCCUCCUCCCCUAGCCAAGCCCACUGACAGAGAAGAGGAGGAUGGAAAAGAGGUGGUGGUACAUAGACCUGGGAUCACCCUCCCGCUAGGUUGUGAUAUCUCUGAUGUCACUGUGACGUGUGAGAACGCUAAACUGACCAACUUCCCUCCUCUCAACAUCCCUGAGCUCAAGUCCCUAAGUCUGGAGGGUAACUCCAUCACAACCAUCCCAGUGGGGGCGUUCAACGGCAUCCCCAACCUGGAGUCCAUCAACCUGGGAAAGAAUAAGUUGACAACUGCUGGAAUCGCCCCACACACCUUCAAAGGCCUGAAGUUCCUGAGCCGUCUUUACCUGGACAACAACCUCCUAGAGACGGUCCUACCAGACUUUCCAUCAACACUACAGGAGCUGAAGAUCAACGAGAAUCACCUCAAAGGGAUCGAAGAGAACAGCUUCCAAGGUCUGAGCGACCUGUUGACCUUGGAGUUGGAGGGGAAUCUCCUGAGUGAAGGCAACGUGGAUCCUCUAGCUUUCAGACCCCUCUCCCAGCUCUCCUACCUCCGUCUGGGCAGAAACCACUUCAGGACCGUCCCCCAGGGCUUGCCCCCAUCUCUACUGGAGGUUUAUCUUGAGAACAACCUGAUAGAAGAGAUAUCUGACUCUGUCUUCAACCAAACCACUAACCUGAACGUGAUCUCACUGAGACACAACAGACUGGAGGAGUCCAGGAUUGCACCUCUAGCAUGGAUCAACCACAAGAACCUGGAGUCCAUUGACCUGUCCUACAACCGUCUGUACCUGGUCCCAUCCUACCUGCCCAGAGCUCUGGUCCACCUGGUCUUGGUAGGGAACCAGAUUGAGAGGAUCCCAGGGUUUGUGUUUGCCCACAUGGAGCCGGGCAUAGAGUACCUGUACCUGUCCCACAACAAGCUGGAUGGGGAGGGAGUGGAGCCACAGUCCUUCUUGGGCACCUAUACCUCCAUGACAGAGCUGUGUUUAGACCACAACCAGCUGAUAACGGUUCCCCUUGGUAUCAACCAGAUGAGCACUCUGCACUUCCUGCGCCUCAAUAACAACAACAUUAGGACGUUUGCAGAGGACGCUUUCUGUGACCCCGAGAACGACGAGGACGCUAACAUAUUGACGCUGCGUCUGGAGAACAACUACAUCGACCCCAGGAAGAUCUCUUCCUCCGCCUUCUCCUGCGUACGCUCCUACUCCAGCAUCGUCUUGAAACCUCAGUGGACCAAGUAACAUGCAACUACAUCGACCCCAGGAAGAUCUCUUCCUCCGCCUUCUCCUGCGUACGUUCCUACUCCAGCAUCGUCUUGAAACCUCAGUGGACCAAGUAACAUGCAACUACAUCGACCCCAGGAAGAUCUCUUCCUCCGCCUUCUCCUGCGUACGCUCCUACUCCAGCAUCGUCUUGAAACCUCAGUAGACCAAGUAACAUGCAACUACAUCGACCCCAGGAAAAUCUCUUCCUCCGCCUUCUCCUGCGUACGCUCCUACUCCAGCAUCGUCUUGAAACCUCAGUGGACCAAGUAACAUGCAACUACAUCGACCCCAGGAAGAUCUCUUCCUCCGCCUUCUCCUGCGUACGCUCCUACUCCAGCAUCGUCUUGAAACCUCAGUGGACCAAGUAACAUGCAACUACAUCGACCCCAGGAAGAUCUCUUCCUCCGCCUUCUCCUGCGUACGCUCCUACUCCAGCAUCGUCUUGAAACCUCAGUGGACCAAGUAACGUGCAACUACAUCGACCCCAGGAAGAUCUCUUCCUCCGCCUUCUCCUGCGUACGCUCCUACUCCAGCAUCGUCUUGAAACCUCAGUGGACCAAGUAACAUGCAACUACAUCGACCCCAGGAAGAUCUCUUCCUCCGCCUUCUCCUGCGUACGUUCCUACUCCAGCAUCGUCUUGAAACCUCAGUGGACCAUGUAACAAGCGUCUUUUUACCACUAAAAUUCCAGUAAAAUGUAACUAAAUCACCAGCUGUGUUGAAACCUCAGUGGAUGAAGUCACAUGCUUCUAACAUUAACAACAUAACAUAACAUAACAAGCAUACCCCUUAGCACCUUCUCUUUAGGCACUCCUGUAGAUCUGAAAGGUGUAAACAAUAUGGCUACAUUUCCACACAGCCAAUCAGAAGGCAAGAUCACGUAAUUACCAUAUUGUUUCAGCCAAUUACAAAGGAAGAAUUAAAUGACGAUGAUCCUCUCAGAUCGAGAGGAAAUGCCUGGAAGUCCACGUGGAAUUCAGCCUGUGUAUUCUGUCUGUUAUUCUAGUAAAAACCAAAAGAAACUGUCACUGGCCGUGUCCCGAAAUCUGUCAAGUACGGGUUGUUACAGUAUAUCAAGAAAAUGUCCCUAAAUCAGCAGCCUCCGACGGUGUCUCAAUAUUACUGAGUGAUGCGUACAACCUGCGACGCAUGUUAAUGUACUGUUAAGGUCUGUGGGAAACAUUCUGCUAGGUAAACACACUGUAUGUACCUUCCAUUUCUCAGUGUUUUAUUCAUCUUUAUUAAACUGGUUGUUGUUUUUUUUA